UCAAAAUUGUAUGGGUAGUUUAAACACGGUCCCUAACACGACGCUGCAAACCAGCGUUACCCGAAUGUCGAAUAUGAAACUACCUUCACCUCGGUAUGUUACCUUGUGGUGAAGGACACUAGCGCAUUGCAGUCUCGCUGACCAAUUUGUCAAAUACCUCCAUCUACUGUCAAAACAUGUGGCUGUCUUGAGACAAAAAUUUCACUAGCCUUGUUUUCCACUUUUAUCUCCCCCAUGAUAACACGCGAGUAUGCAUGUACAAUGUCAUGUCUCAAAAUAAUAAACAGUAAAAGACAUUUGAAAUGUUAUGUAGCCUGACGAACUUCAAAUGUCCCCCGUUGUUAAUGAUUAACUCUCUGUCAACUUGACAGCCUCCACACUCACCCGUUCAGCCAGACAUUUUGGCAAAGCAGUUGAUAGCUCGAUGUCAUUGAGAGAAUUAUUGAAACUCUUUAUUAACUUGUGACAUCUGUCUGGUAAGGGCACCCGUUUACCUUAACUUUCUUUUCGUGGUUGAUAAGAAGGCUACCCUGAAGAGCAUAUAAGAUGAUUCAACAUAUUAAUUAGAUAAUCAUUAACAGGUCAGCAGGUGUAUUUUUAAGGGGGACAACCUUUAAUGCAUUACGCAUUGGAACUUCUACGAAGUUAGUGAAGCCUUAAUUCACAUCAGAUCAGGUUUUGAACUAUAAUAAAGGCGUAUACUUGAAUGUGUGACAAGGCCUAACUUUCCAUGCUGUAAAAAUGUUUCACCGUUCAGUAAAAUCCACAGACAUCUAGUGGCAUGAUCCUGAUAGCUUCCCUCUCCCUUUUUAUGUGAGCCAUGCUGAGACCCAGCAGCUGUCUUCUAUGGAUGUGCAGAUGGCUUCAUGCAAUAACACCUCAGACCCUCUCUGCUAUGAAGAGAGUUCAGGUCUGCUGGCUGUAAUCGUCAUACCUGCCCUGCUGUCUCUCAGCACUGUUGGAGUUCUUGUUCUGAUACUGAUCAAUCUCCUCCGGAAGACCCUUUCCCCAGGCAGUAGGCUGACCUCCAGCCAUGGCCAUGAUGUCAAUAAUCAGGAAUGUAUUUCCAUAAACGGGACAAUGGUGAGGCCUCCUCUGAGUUCUCAGGAUGCGGUGUGUCUGUGGGAGAUCCCUGGAGAUUGUACCCUAGAGGGGCUGGAGUUCUGGCAGUCUGGCCGCUAUGGACCCAUCUGUCGAGCGUCCCUGAGGAGGGAAGCCACGCCCACCCCUGUGGUGGUGAAAACACUGAGAGAUAGUUCCAACCAGGGUGAAGCCAGACAGUUUGUGGAGUGGGUCCGGUUCCAUGCCACAGUAUGUAAGCAUGACAACGUGGUCCGGAUGCUGUUCUGCCAAUGCCUCCGUCUGCCCAUGUACAUGGUCCUGGAGACCUGCAGUCCAGGGAACCUGCUGCACUUCCUCUGGGCGAUUAGGAAUAGUGAUUCUGAAGCGGGGGAUAGCUUGCAACAUUUCUCUGAGAAAUCAGUGUUUCUGAUCGCAAAACAAGUUGCAACUGGCCUGGACUAUCUGCUAUCAGAGCAUAGGCUGUUGCAUGGUGAUGUCGCUGCCAGAAACAUCCUUAUUGGCCCAGGGCUCUCCGCGAGGGUGUCUGGGUUGGGCUUGGCGUUCAGCAGCCGUCAGAAGGACACCGUGACAAAGGAGCAAGCAGAGAAGGUGCCUCUGAAGUGGCAAGCCCCUGAGAGGAUUCUGAAGCUGCCCACCACCGACAGGAGUGACGUAUGGUCCUUUGGAAUCUUACUGUAUGAAAUGAUCACCUUGGGUACUGUAUCGUCCGAUUCGUCCCCAACUCAUGUCAGUCACAACAGUCAGCAUUUGUGUGACUAUGACCAGAGCUGUGUUAUUUCUCCUCCUCUGACAGGCUCUGCGCCCUUCCCUGAGCUGGAGCCUCUCGCCGUGCUCCCUCAGCUCCAGAAACACUACAGAAUGAAAAGGCCAGAAUCAUGUGGAGUACCUCUGUAUGACCUUAUGAAGUACUGCUGGAUGUGGAACUUCAAGGACCGCCCUGCAUUCUCUGCCAUCAUAAAACUACUUGAGUCCUACACAUACCUGGCUGGGACCAAGGCCCUUCACUCAACAGAGGGCUUGGACACCUUUGAGUACAGGAAGAAGGCAGGCAUUUUCUCAUGAGUAUCGAGGACCUGGCAGAUGAUUUUUGCAGUAGUAAACUGAUACAUGCGUGUAAACUGACAAGUGUGACUAAAUCAAAUUAGUCAAUGUAGUUCAAACAAUGGAUUCACACAAUGGCACACAAUUGUUUCACCUCUUUUUUAAUGUCAAAACAUUACGAAUAAAAAAUACAGGUGGUCUUCAGACGUGUUUGAUAUUGGGUGUGUAUAGUUCUGUUGCAUUUCUAAUACACCAACACUAGGCAUGCAUUACUGUGGCUAUGAUGGGGAAUAGAAGAACCAGAUGCAGAAACUCUGGAAAGCAUUGCUUGAGUACAAUAUGCAAAACUGGCCUUUAGUCAGUGCUCAAACUUUACUGUUUUUUCUCAUUACACUGGAUGUGAUGUCAACAAACCUUUAUCUGGAAAGGUGAAGCCAGACACAAAUACAGCCAUACUGUUUGUCACCACAACUCACAGGUCCUCAGACAUUCUUAGAAAAAGAACACAAGUUCCUUGAAAGAAUGUUUCAUUAACUAUCUAAAUACCUAGAGGUGGAAGGGAGGUACCAUCAUUACUCUGAACAUCACCCUUCAUGCUGAAGUGAUGAAAGUUUAUGUUUAACCAAAUUGGUCAAAAACAAUAAUUUCCUCAGACAAAGGUGCUGUUAAGGUUAGAUGUCAUGUACUGUUACACUUUCACCAUUCAGAUGUAAACUGCCCACACUGCAUCACUUGAAACAAAAUGAUCUUAGGAUGUGAUUAUGACAUACAAACAUGUCUUAAGGAAUGUGCAAAGUCUCUUAAAACAGAAUCAAAGUGCACAACGAUGAUAAUAAAAUAUCAUGGACAGAAAAUGCAUCCAACCCCAGUCUCAAUUGUUAGUCAAAAUAAAUGUUAGAAGAAGACCGUUAGAUUCAAACAUGACCAAGUUUUAGAUGGAGUGGAUGAGCAUACUGAGAGACAGGUGUCCACGUCAGUUCCUCUGGGAUCACUCCCAUGCAUCUCUCAAACAUCAAUGCCCAUGUUCUCAUCCGCAUGUUACCAACACAUGGAGAUACCAACCAUAGUUCUGACUGAUUUGAAAGCUCUUCCUUCUAAAUAGGGAUAGUGUUUGAAUUAAGGGUGCAAUGCCAGAUGCCAGUUACAAUGCCAUAUUUAGGGGAUACACAAACUUUUCAAAUUUUGGAAAAUACUCAAAAGAAGCUCAAUCUUAAAUCUUCACACAAAAUCAUAUUGUGUUUACAAUGACUGUGCAAGAGUUCUGUGUAUAUGGAUUUUAUAUGAAAAACGUUGUCCAGUUAUAAGAUUCUGCUCACCAUACCUUACAAAUUCCAACAUUGAUAUAAAUGAGUCAAAAGAAAUGCCAGCCAAUUAAAGCAUAAAAAAACAAA